CCCUCUCUCCCUCUCUCUUUCUCUCUCUCCCUCUCUCUCACAUUGUGUCUACAGCUUUGGAGAGCGUUGCAUAUCUGACAUUUCUCUCUCAAACACCAACCAGCUCUGUUCUCAUCUGAAAGCAGAGAGAAGAGACGUAUCGAGACUUGAGGCCAGGCUGUCUAACACACCUGACCUGAGCUCACCUGCAGACAGCCACAGCAGCAGUCUGACAGCUCAGUCCGGCUCCUCUCAGUCCAAACAGGCCGAGCAGCCUGACCGAAUUCUCUCCUCUCUCCCAAUCCAGCCGCUCAAAAUCUAACCAGCCCGCCGUCUCCAUGGAGCGCGUUCAGCACAUGACCAAGUCGGCCAUCCGCCGAGCGUCUCAGAUCGAGGUGAAUCCACAAGCCAAGAGGAACCUGCAGGAGCUGUUCGUCAACUUCACCCUCAUCCUCAUCUGUCUGCUCCUUAUUUACAUCAUCGUCCUGCUGAGCAGCUGAGAGCAGCGCAGCCAGAGAGAGUUUGGCGAGGCUGCACUGUGGAAAAGGGUUUGGUUGAUAUAUGGGGUUCACUGAUACACCCAGGGCAGAUUUCUGAGAAUAUCAUCUGCCCCAUAUAUCAGCCUAACUCUGUUUGACAACAGCCAUGAAGAAGGAGCACGGAGAUGAUACGAGUCCAUGUGAAAACAGUAAAGGCCAAACUCUCUCAGUUCAUGGCUGUGGCUGAGAUCAAGGGUGAUGUUCUCAUCAGAGCUGAUCAGGGAUCAGCUUCCCCGCCUCUCUUUCUCCAGGGAAUGAUCACAAGUGACCCGACUCCAACAGUUUCAACUUCACUGAUAUACUGUAUGCAUGUAUAUCUGCCUGCUGCUCAUUCAGAAUAAUACCAUGCUUACAUUACAAUGUGCCGAUUUCCGUUGAUUUACAAAGGACACUGAUCCCCUCCUUUCAAAAACAUCCUGUAUGUCUCCUGCUGAAGUAAUAAAGUGUAACUUCCAUUUCCCAUGAGCCCCGUUCCUUCCUACAAACACCACCGC